AUCAGUCUCCUGCAAGACAACAGCAACAAACUAUGUGUGAAGGAAAUCCAGGUCAUGCGUGACAAUAAGAACAACAACGUAGUGAACUACGUAGACAGCUACCUGGUGCACGGGGAACUCUGGCUCGUGAUGGAACACAUGGACGGAGGUUCCUUAUACGAUGUCAUCACAGAGGCCAGGAUGGUAGAAGGAGAGAUAGCAGUUGUCUCUCGGGAGUGCCUGCAAGGCCUGGCUUUCCUUCACUCCAAGCAAGUCAUCCACCGAGACAUCAAAAGCCACAACAUUCUCCUGGGCUUGGACGGAUCUGUCAAGUUGGCUGAUUUUGGUCUCGCUGCUCAGCUGACGGCUGAGCAGAGCAAACGGAGAUCAGCUGUCGGCACGACUUACUGGAUGGCGCCAGAAAUUUUCACCAGGAAGAACUACGGCCCCAAAGUGGAUAUCUUGGGCAUCGUGGGCUUUGAGAUGGUGGAAGGAGCGCCUCCUUACCUGAUGGAAAGCUCCCGCACGGUGCGCUGCAACUUCUCUCCCACUUCCUCCUGUCACUCUAACCAAAUCUGCCCCCAUUCUUCUGCCUGGGAAGCUUGGUAACACCUGAAGGCCAUAGUUUGCGGGCUGCAUAGUCUCUUGUGCUUCUUGCCCUGUUUUUUCCCCUUGCCAUUGAAUUGUGAAGAACCCUAAAAACUGUGAUGCCCUUUCCUGAUGGAAGCUUUGACUUAAGGGAGCUGUGAGUGGCGCCAAAGCUGCAUUGUUUGGAAGAAUCCUUGGGAAUAGCAGAGUAAGACCAAAGUCCCUCUUCCAAAUGGGUUGAGGAGCUGGUGUCAGUCCUCAGAGAAGCAAAGUGUGCUUUUGCUGAUGGAGUUGCUCCUAUUUCUCUCAGCCAAUCGAAUCAGGG